AUGCUCUGCGACGAUGCUUUAUGCCACGCCGAUCGUCGCGGGCCGCUCCGGCCUCGCCGCAAGCGCCUGGGGCGGCGCCAAAGCGACGCGCCUCAGCCAGGUUGUCUCGCUUCGCAGGCCGAGAUCAAGAGGGUCAAGUCUAAUGCCUCCUUGCCGGGGAAACCCGUCAAGUCCACGACGAAGAAGAGCAAGUACUUUGAAACCGGGAACUCCGAGGAAGAAGAGUCACCGUCCAGCGAAUCCGGUGGAGAUGAGUCGGACUCUGCUUAUGAAGAAGACAAGGCCUCCGAUGCGUUGUCCGAGGACGACUCGGUGCCGGAAGAGGCCAGCGACAGCGAAGAGGACUCGAAAAAGUCUCAUCCGAAAGGGAAGCGGGCUCGUAGCACUGCCACGGACGAGGAUCUUCUCAAGGGCAAAGAGCUCUGGCGCGAGGGCGUGCGAACUGGGUUGGGACCCGGAAAGGAGGUGUUUAUCCCCAAGCCCAAGGCGCGAGACCCCGGCAACGUGCCAUACCAGGAUGAGGUGUUGCACCCCAACACCAAGCUGUUCCUGCAGGAUCUGGCGAAGAAUAACGAUCGCGAAUGGCUCAAAGCGCAUGACCCUGAUUACCGCGCGGCAAAGAAGGAUUUUGAGACCUUCGUUGAGACCUUGACCACCAAGAUCACAGAGAAGGACGGCACUAUUCCUGAACUGCCGGUGAAAGAUCUGGUAUUCCGCAUUCACCGCGACAUCCGCUUCAGCAAAAAUCCACUUCCGUACAAGAUUCAUUUCUCGGCUGCGUGGUCUCGGACGGGCAAGAAAGGCCCCUAUGCAGCAUACUAUGUCCAUUUCCAGCCUGGCGCUUGUUUUGUCGGCUGCGGCCUUUGGCACCCAGAGGCUGACCCAUUGGGGACACUUCGAGAGGACAUCGACGUGAAUGCAGAUCGCUGGAAGGCAGUUCUUCGGGCGCCGGCCCUGCGCCGCGAGUUUCUGAAAGGAGCGUCCGAUGACGACGAUGCGGUCGUAAAAGCUUUUGCUCAUGCCAACAGGGAAUCGGCCCUGAAGACUAAACCUAAGGGCUACAAUGCAGACAACGAGAACAUUCAAUUGCUCCGUCUACGGAGCUUCACUCUCGGACGGCCCGUCUCGGACGAAGAAAUGCUGGCUGCGGAUGCGCAGGACCGGAUCGUCGCGCUCAUCGAAGUCAUGGAGCCUUUUGUGACGUAUCUCAACAGCGUGGUGAUGCCCGAUCAGUAG